UAUGUGUUUCCGCGGAGCUAGAAACCAGCGGCACAUCACACUCACCCGUGAGGGUCAACUCUUUUAUGAUUAUGAGCUGCUAGUGACGACUAAAAUGUCAAGUUUUUCCAGAUCUGCUCAGCAAUGGGCAACUUUUGCCCGUUCAUGGUUCCUGAUUGAUGCUAGAAUGCAGCCUCCUGGGAAAAUAGCGACCAUGACUGCUGUGAGAUUACAGGGCAAACACAAACCCAUCUACCAUGGACUUAGUGACUGCGGUGACCACGUGGUUAUUAUAAACACUCAACAAAUAGCUUUUUCUGGGAACAAAUGGGAGCAGAAGGUCUACUCGUCACACACUGGGUAUCCUGGCGGGUUCAAACAAGUUACAGCUGCACAACUGCAUCAAAGAGACCCCAAAGCUAUUGUGCGGUUAGCGAUUUAUGGCAUGCUGCCUAAGAAUUUGCACAGACGCACCAUGAUGCAGCGACUACACCUCUUUCACGACGAUGUGCUGCCAGAUGACAUUUUAGCCAACCUGACAGAGGAGCUGCCUCAGCCCAGAAAAAUCCCGAAGAAGCUCAAUGAGUACACCCAGGAGGAGAUAGAUGCCUUCCCCAAACUGUGGAUACCGCCGGAAGACUACAAGAUGUUGUGAAUGAUGCCCAGUGUGACCACAGCUGAGUGUCAACCUGAAGAUUUCAUAUUGAGGUGAUGCUGAAAUCAUCGUCUGAAAAUGUGUAACAGCAUCUUCAAUUAUGCAUGCAUACUCUACAAAAAUAACAAAUGCACCUCUUUUGGUUUCAUUCUCAUUAUUCAUGCCUUGAAGUAAAUAAUCCUAGAUUUCUUCUGUGCACACAAAGGGCUUAUUUCUAUUGAACUUCUCAAAUUUGUUAAAAUCUGUUUAAUCAGCAAGUUCAUCCAUCCACCUGGCUGGUGUGGCAUUACAAGAUGCUGAUUAAACAGCUUGGCUGUUGUACAGGUGUGCCUUGGACUGGCCACAGUAAAAAGGAAAGCUUAUUCACCUUUCUAGUGAACUCAACUAAUACUGCUGUUCCAUAGUUAUUUGAUGUGAUAUUUCUUGCCUUCGAAUAAUGGUGAAUGUCUCUCAGUGUCUUUGCCAUACAUUUCUGCAUAUAUUGUAAUAAAUGUCCUUAACAAACUCGACUUGUGUGCUGUUGGCUAAUGCUGACACUCCUAGUUGGCGUGUUGGCCAGAGAUAGCCAGAUGCCCUCACUGUGAUAAGUGCUGUCGCCAUUUAGACUGUAUGAAUGUUUAUUUCACUAACAGACCUCUAAUGUCCUACCAGUCUCACAAGUCCACACCAUGUGUUACCACCACAUCUGGCUUCUUCACCCUAGUCAAGUUCUUUUUUCAAGAUGAACUGCACAUUUUAAAGUGGGUUUUUAUUGUGACCACUCCAGGACACACCUGUGCAAUAAUCAUACAGUUUUAUCAGCAUCUUGAUAUGUCACACCAGCCAGGUGGAUGGAUUAGAUUGGCUCACUAACAUUAAUUUUAACAAAUUUGUCAACAAAAGUUGAAGAAAAUAAAUGUUUUAUGUGUAUAGACGAAGUCUGAAGUAUUUUAUUUCAGCUAAAGCAAAAAUGACAGAUGCAUUUGUGUUUUUGCUGAGUAUGCAUAUAUGCAUAUAUACAAGUUUAGUAACAUCUGGUCUGUUUAUUGCUCAAACUGUCUUGGUAAAGUUGAAUAUAGUUGAAAGCUCUGGUUAACAUCUCGUCAUUUUCUUCUCCUGACAUCAGAGGAUGAGUACACCAAAGUAUUUCAUAUUCUGACCUCAAAUUUGAUGAGGCCAUAAAAUUCAUUCAGCUCCUUCUGAGAUGUUUGUCUUCAUUCAGGCCUGAAAGGACACGGAACAAACUUUCACUGAUUUCACUGUGCGGAACUGCUCGGAUCGGGGGAAAAUGUUUCUGUGGGUUUUUUGCUGAUUAUAGAUUCCAGGGAAUAAUCUGAUCUGGACCCCAAAAUUACCUCAGUUAGAGCCGAUCAUCCCUGUGACGGGUUUUAGUUUCACAGUGAAAUGGACUCUGGUUUUACCACAGCCAGGUAAUCAGUUUGUUUUGUCCUUCUCGCUGGUUGCUGUCAAAGUAAAUCUGUUCUCUUGAGAGAAUUGUAAAAUAGUCCAAUAAACAAUUAAAAUGUUUUUGUU